CUUAGUUGCCAUCUGCCACUCUCGGAAAUGUCAAAUCGUCAAAUGUGAAUGACCGUCGUUUGCAGGAUAAACGUAAACAAGCCGAAAUAUAGUUCCAUCAGUAGUAUACCGUGAAAGAAGCAGCUGUUAAUUGUUAUCAAAUGAAAUCACGUCAAAUUAAAUACGAUAAUCUAAAAAAGGGUCAACAAUUGUAUACGAAAAAUUUUUAUAUGUAAAAUAUUUGCCGAUUUAACCAUUUAACAAGCGUUAAAUAGUGAUAUGCAAUAUCUCAGUUUACCACACGUAAUUAGCAAUCCAGUAUAUUAUAUAAAUAACAUAAUAAAACGUCGCUGAGAAAAAAAACAUAACCCUCGCUUACACCCGAUAGUGCACUAUGGCAAGUGUUCCUGGUUUCACACUGGAAACUGCAAAAGCGAUAUUGACGGACAUUCUGACAGCGCUGAACACAUCUGAGAAUUUGCAAAAGCUGACAAAGGCAAAGGAGAGCUCUGGCAACGAGAUGUUGAAAAUGAUGCAAUUUGUGUUUCCACUAGUAACGCAGAUUCAAAUGGACGUCAUAAAGAAUUAUGGAUUUCCAGAAGGAAGGGAAGGUACUGUGCAAUUUGCGCAGCUCAUUAGGGCCUUGGAGAGAGAGGACGCCGAAAUAGCGCAGCUACACAGCCAGGUCCGUUCGUACUUCCUUCCACCGGUUACGAUAAACUCCUCGACUGAAGCAUCUCUUUAGAUUGAAAGGGAUUCACAUAUGAAUUCCUCUAGAAAGCAAGAUGAAUUCUUCAUAUGUAUAUCAUUUUUACCUGAAGACUGUAUUAAUUUACCUAAGGAUAACUUAUGCGAGUGGAGAAAAAAUUAUCCUAUGCAUUUUUAUGGGAAAAAAAAAAUAGAUUUUACAUAUCGUUUUUUGUUAUAUACACUUAUUUUGAUAAAUUAAGUAUUAAAAUAAUUCUGAUCUCAUCACUCAUCUAAAGUCUACGUGCAUAACAUCUUAAUAAGAAUAUUUGUCUAAAGAUAAAUACCUUUUUAAUUGAAAUAUUAAUGACAAUGUAAUGUUCGUUUUCUCUAUUCUUUUAUGGAAUAAUUUAACUAUUAAAUAUAUAUAGAUUUUAGUUCGUGCAAUCAAAUCUGUGUACAAAUUUUCUGGAGAAAA